ACCAGCUCUUCCGUUGCAUCUAACUAUGACCAAUCUAGAGCUUGAGGGUUUUGCUUACUUGUGUUUCUUUGACGACGGAUCUUGGUUUCAGGGUACACUACUGACCAGGGAUAAAAAACAGUAUGGAGUGAUGGGUGAAGCAUGUGGCCCACCAGAGGAAGGGUUUGCUGAAUGCUGUUUUGAAGAGGAGCCUUCAUUUUACAUGAUAACCAUUAUCGACCAGCAAGUUGAUGAAGAAAUGGUGUUUAAACAUGUUAUGAAGACUGGUGGUGACAACUGUACAUUAACAUCAGAUGAAAUUGGCUUUGAAACUGAAGAACUUUUGGUUGGAAGUAAGGCAAGUAGUCACGUGAACAAGUACUGCCGAUCCGAGCUGAAAGGAAUGGAGAGUAUUGUCUGUUCUGGUCACAUGACCAUACAUCGUAAUGUUGAGCUCGACUAAAAGACAUGAUUCUGAAUUGAAAUUUUUAACAGUUUACGACAACAGGCUCUAUUUUGCUAACCUUCUUUCAAUGCGAAAUUUUGUUCUACUGUCUGGCGCACGUGGAUCUAAAGCACCAAGGGUAUUUGGAAGCUGGUUUGCACAGCUUUCGCUGUCGAUGGAGAUCCAUAACAGAGCAAUAUGGUGACCAGCCAAAGUACUGUUGCACUUGUCAUUUUGGUUUGUGGUGAAUUCGCCCCAUUGCAAGUUCGCCCCUACCACCUUUGCGACUACGCCCCCAAACGUAAGAGAAGUUUGCCCCCUAAAGUAAAACAAGGUCAAUCCCUGAAAUAAAACAAGUUCGACCCCUAAUAUAAACAAGCUCACCCCCACUUUACCAGUUGGCCCCCAAAUCUUUUGACUUGUUUCCCCACAAGUAUACGACUAAUGCACGAGUUAUGAAAAGCCACUACGUUACUCCAGUCUUAAUCAUGAUGGUGACGUCAUCCAUUCGUGCACAUCUGAUUCCAUUUAAAGCACUUUACCACAUGUAGGUAGUCAUGUUGGCGCCUUUUAGAGUCUUCUUUGCUUGAAAAUGGCAUGAAGUGGCGAAGAUUGCCAAUAGAAAGGUCAUAAAAAUGAUAAAAUAAACUAUGAAAUCAAAGUAAA